AUGUCCGUCUAUGCUACCUUUAGCGCAGCGCCUGCCUCGGUGAUCAAGGGCGUCAAAAGGUUACCGCAGCCUGUCGGAAUCCGACCAGAGCAUAUUGCCGACGAGGAAACCCUCCUCUAUCUCAAACCCCAGUAUGAUCACCGCUCGCCCAAUGAAUACACCAUAAAAAGAUACUGGGACGACUCCAAUAUGUUCACAAUCACUGGACACAAAUAUGGCGACACUCCAGCGCGCGAAUUCCGCGAUGCAUCAGGUCUGCCGAUGUUUCAAUCCCGCGCGACAGCGUUAGCAUGGAAGAGACCGUUGCGCGUGCGAUUACCGGGUAACGAGGAGACUGAGCUGGUUGACUUCCGACUGGGCCCGAAUCGAGUGUCCAAGCUCUCAUUUCGCAACGCGAUGGCCCCGGAGGUUGAAGAAAAGUCUUACAAUAUGGUGGAAGUCGAAGUUCGUGAUAUGGACACUGCCGCGUGGACCGGCUGCUCGGCCACCGUGAAGGGUCAGAAAGUACUUGAUAUACGCGAAAGCAUUACUAUGAACAGGAGUUUACCAAAGGGGAGGGCAAAGGGUGAUGUUUCCUUGAUGCCGAGGCAAAUACUUGAGAUCACUGUCGCUGAGGGUUUUGACAUGUCACUGGCUGCGCUUAUUGCUGUUCAAAUGGCGGAUACGAGAUUUAGCACAGCCCCUCCGCCCCGACGCUAA